AAAAUCAGCAAAUUCCAGAAUUUGUUUUUGACAUAAUCAUGUGGAUCCGUGGAAGAUGGUGUGAUGCAUAAAUCAUCUACAAGAAAUCAGUAAAAUGAGGAUAUCUAAAAGAUGUUAUAAAAUAGCAAGUUAAUUGCUCAACAUGGAUGUAAAGGAAGAUAUAAGUCAUUAUGUCAAACCAACAGUUAGUGAUGGACUCAGUAGGAGUUCUACUUUUGUACAGGAAAUGGUAGAAAAUGGUUUUAAAUGCUCCAGCAAAUUUAAGUUGCAGGAAGUUCAUUCUUCAGGUAUGAAACGUUCCACCAAUGAACAGGACCAACUUGUAAAUGUGUGUGACAAUAAAUCUUUGCUGAACAAUUCCUUACCAGUUCUUAAAACAGAGGUAUUUUCUCAAGAACUCAUGGAUUUAGAAAAGGCUCAAAAUCAAGCUGUUCAGAAGAUAAAAUCCAUAUAUGAAGAUAUUUUUAGGUCAACCCCAUCUGAAAAGUCUGAUUACAGUAUGAAAUAUUUUGUUAGUAAUAAAGAAGUUCAGACUGAGAAUGAAUGUGAAUCUUCAGAAGCACCUUUUUUCAUAGAAUUUCAGACAGGAACAAAUACAGUUUCAACAAACGAUAAGCACUCUAAUUCAAAAUUUCUGAAUAAUCGAAGUUUAGAAGACAACUUUGCCUUAAACGAGUAUGAUAUUUCUUCUUUCAACUUCCCUCUUGAGUGGUAUAAAGCAUUAGAGAGUAAUGAAUGUGAAAAAAAAGAAUCCUUGCACAUGCAAACUACCUGUCAAUCAGCAUAUGAGCAGCAAACUGCACAUUAUCUGAAUUUUCAAAAUUUUCCAGUUUCAAGGUUUUCUAUGUUUAAACAUCAACAACAUUCAGGCAGGCCAUGUCAUCAUCAUUUUAAUUAUCAAAAAUGGCAUCAUAAUAAUAAUGAGAAAACAAACAUUUCAAAGUUGUCAAAUUUAGAUAAAAGGAUUCAGAUGUAUAGAACAGAGACCUGUAAUGUACAAGAACUUAGAAAUAUGCCAUUCAAGGUCAAACAUAAAAAACAUAAUUAUGCUUAUAAGACAACACUAAAACCUGAAAAUCUUUGGACAAAGAAGAUCACAAUUCCUCGGCCAUUUAAUUUGACCUUAGAUGAGAAACAUAGAGUAAGGACCUCAAAGUUGAGCAGAGAAAAAGAUUCCAAUGAAAAAGAAAAACAAGAACCAAGAAAAUUAUUUCAUGCUAAUCCAGUUCCACUCCAUACUUAUCUCCCACUUUAUGAAAAAAUGGUUGAAAAAAAUAAAAAUAGAUUGGAAAAGAGAAAAAUUUAUAAUGCAGAAAAAUUAAAAGCAGUAGUGAAACCAUUAAAUUUUUUACAACAGCAUAAAAGUCGUUCUAUAUGUAAGUCAGCUCCAGAUCUGUUGGAAACCAAUUCUGAGUUUAGAGCAAAUCCUCCCCCCUUACAUAUAUUGGGUGAAAAAAUUGAUCUGAAAAUGAAAGCUGAAGAGGAGCUGAGGAAAAUAAGGAUCAAGCUAAGAGCAGAAGAGAUGAUAAAAAAUUCCACAUUGCCUUUUAGCACGAAGAAGUUUCAAUUUACAAGGUCAGUCUCUUGCAUGAGCUUGCCAGCAUGUAAACAAACUGAUGACUUUACUGAUAAAUCUAAUUGCAGUAAUAAAGUUAAAAGUAAAUCAGCCAGUCAAGUUAAACCUAGUAUUGUAGCUUUCAGUAGUAGACCAAAACAAACCAUUCACACACCAAGAUAUACAGUGUGUCAGCCAUUUCAUCUUCACACCACUGACAUGCCAUCAAGAAUGAAUAAGGUUCAUGAGGACAUAAAAAAAGAUGAGAAGAUCCUUAGAGAAACCAGAUGGCCUUUUAAAAAUCCACGAUUACCUGUUUCACCAACAUGUCUGCCACAAUUUUCUGCACCAGCACCAAUAAAAAUGACUGCUGCAGCCAUUUUAAGACAACAGCAAAUAAGGAAGAGAAUUGAAGAUACAAAGACUGCUGUAAGAAGAGAGAAAAUAAAAAUGAGAGAAAAAAAGAGACGAGAACACCAGCUAUGUAAAGAAAUAGGUUGGAAGUUCCGAGUCGGUGAUGCCUUACUUUCUAACCAGGAAAAACUUUUUGAAAAGAUUCAAAGUCAUAGGGAAUCGGGAAGAGCCAGGUUGAGAGAAUAUUACAUGGAGCUUGAAGAGAUGAGAGAAAGAGUAAAGAAUCAACCUCUGCUUGUGGAAAGACAGACAAUGGAAGCUGCUAAGAAUCAGGCUAAGCAGCAUUAUGUUAAAAUACUACAAAAUGCUGGACUGGACCCAGACUUUGUGCAGAAGAAAAGUGAUAAGUUUGUACAAGAUAUGAGUGGUGAGCCUGAGAGUACUCAGUAUAGUGUGAACAGUAAGAAUCAGCAUCGGGGCAGUAACACUUCACUAUCUCAUCCUUCAUCUCUCUCAUCAUCCAACCAGCAGGAAGACCAAGAAGAAUACAGUAAGGAAGAUAAAUAUGAAACUGAAGAAGAGGCAUCAUACACAGAAAGUUCUAAUGAUGCCAGUUGAUUAUAAAAAUGUCUUUUACAUAGGUAAUGGAUACUAAACAAGAAACUAAUUUUUUCCCUACUUAAGGCUUCCAUUACUAAUACUUAAGUGUGACAAUUAAGAGGAAAGUACUUGAUAAUGAGAAAGGUUCGACUAGGGGACACAAAUAUAAAUUUUGGCAGGAUUAGAAAUUAUCUUCAGCUAAGACAGCUUUAUUUUUCUAACAGGGUGGUUGACAUUUGGAAUGGAUUGCCUUUAGAUGUGAUGGAUGCAAUUUAUUUAAGGGAGUUUAAUGAAAGGCUUGAUAAACAUUUGAAUGAUGAGGGCUGGCUUUGAGUGUUUUAUUUAAAAGUUUACUUUAGUGGAUGGGAUGGCAUAGGUGGGUCAACAUGUCCUUUGCCGUCUUUAAAUUGUAUGUUAUAAACUAACCUCAUUAAUUUGUGUUCAAGCUUAUAAGUUAUUAUGAUAAAAAAUAUUUAAGAAAUAUAAUUUUUUGUAUUACUCUCUAAGUGAUAUAUGUAUAUUUAAAAAGGUUUUCAACAUGAGCUUACAUUAAUUUUGUGUCAAGCUCUUUGUGGAUUAGAAAUAUGGAUGUUUUAUUGGAAAAUGGUAUUAAUACAGUUUUGUUAGUCUGUUCUAAGCAAAGUUACCAAGUCGGGGAAAAUUAAUGUCAUUUCACUAACUAGGGGUCCUUUAUUACUGCUAAUUGGAAAAUCACCUAUAUCUUCUAUGAAUCUCCAUGGUUGGUUAUAUUGAUUUGAGGAUUGUUGUGAGGCUCAAUCUGUAAUGCUGUGGAUGCCACAUAUAAUCUAACCUGCCCUAGAAUGGGGAAAAAGUAGUGUAAUAUAAUACUUAAAAAUGAAUGGUGAUUUCUUUUGACUCUUGGAUGUCAUUGAUAUUGACAUACAUGUUCAGCAGGUUGGGUAUACUGCUUUUAAUUCUUUCUAUGAUAGUGGGUUUUUAACUUUAAAUUUAGGUAUGUUACAAAGAAUUGGAUUUUGAUUAUUCCAUAUAUGUUCUUGCAUUAACUAUAGCCAUACUUACAUAUCUUUAAUUAACAUCAAACAAAUAUUUGAAAAUGCCAUAUUCUUAUUAUAUUUUACUUCUAUUUCAAACUCUCAAGAAACUCUCACAGUUCAUUAGAAUUGUAAACACAAUUCUGAUUGGAAAUCUGCAUGAGAUUAUUCUAGAAAUUAAUGAUAAACAAACAUAAAAUACCACAACUAUAUUGUCCUAUAUAAUAUCCAUAAAAGAUUCCAGUUUUUUUAAUGUAAUAAGUGAAUAAACUUUCACUUUUUUAUACUGUGAUACUGCUGAAACAGCAGGUUUUUCAAAUUUAACCUGUGAUGUGUAUGAUGAGACAUUUAUUUAUCAGUAUUUGUUCCUGUAACAUUCAAGAAAAUAGAGCAUAAACUUAGAGAUAGACACACAAGCUCCAGUAAUGAUAUGAUAUUCAAAAACAAUCACUAUUUAUUCUUCCUCAUCAUGUUAGAUGAGGUGACUCGUAUAUCAGGUACAUUAUCCAUAGUUCCCAAAACAACCACUUGCUUUGUAUUUUGACAUUAUUAAUUUCAAAAAUGUGUUGUUUUCUUUUAUCAUUUUCAAGAAGUAUGAGCAGAAAUGAAAGAAUCAACAUAAUUACAUGAAGACUUUAGCAUAAUAUUUAAUGUGAGAUAUACGACUUUGCAUUAAUAGAUAAAAUAAGUCAAGUUACAAACAAAUGUAGAUAGAUGGUGGUUUAGAGAUAAAUAUAUUCUUUUGAACACAAUUCCUUGAUCUUCAGAACUUAUUGAAAUGUAUAAAAGAGAUUUGAGACAUACUUUUUCAUGUUUUGUUGUGAUACACAAUUGAUCUUGCUAUAAUUACCCUUUAUAUAUGUUAGAUUUAUUUUAUGUAUGUAAUCUGUGAUAAAAUCAUUAACAUUUUUUAUAUUUUCAAAGUGAUGAGCCAGUACAAACCUUUGAAGUAUAUAGAGGAAUCAACAUCAGUUAUAAUUAUUUAAACAAUAUGCUUUAUUGCAGUGGU